AUGAAAAGGUGUCUGAUUGCUACAUGGUUUAGUAAUAGUGUAUGGUUGGCUGCAAAGAGCCCGUCUGAAGUGGUUCGUCUAAACAACGCGUUCUUUUUAUUCUCCAGACGUCAUAUUUGUGUGAAUGCGAUUCGUCUCGGUGCCACACAGCCACUUCGUUAUCCAACCAGCGUCGACGGCGAUCACGGGAUUGAAAAAAGGGAUGCCUCCUCGACACCCUUUCCGGGAAUUAAUACCCCCAACGUUGAAAAGCCCGCGGUUCAGUUGGUGGAGGAGCAGAGAGUAGCACUCGGGAAUGCCUUCGACGCCCUUUUAGAGAAUCGGCAAGCAUCGUAUCGGGAUACCGUGGUGAUUGACGCGCUUCAACCCCACCGCAUGGAAAUCAAGCGCUUGCUUUUAGAUCUCGCGAAAGGAACGCACUCGCACGAUUUGAACGAGCUGUUCUCUAGUAACCCCUCGACGAAUGGGAAAGAAUGCGUUUUAACGGUGCAUCAUAUUUCCCUGCUAAAGGAUAUCUGGUUGCAAAGACAUGAGGGAGGGGGGUCGGGGAAUGAUAGGCGGAGGGAUAUUUAUCGCUUCUAUAGCCUGCUCCUUUCCAGUGCGUUGGUCACAAGCAAUGCAGAGGUGAGGCUUGUUCUAGACGAGAUGCUAGCGAACGACGGACUUCCUCCGAAUCAUGAAAUUUACGAAUCGAUUAUGCGUUCCCUCUUGGUAAUAAAUGUUGGUCUGACUUCGAGCAUAGAGGCGGCAGGGAAUACUACAGAAGGAGAUAAACCGAGGCAAUUCAUUCUUGGGCAGCCCUGCGUGCUGGAUCGCGCGACGUCAGGAGAUCUCGCAGGCCGCUACAUGGGGCAUGCCCUCGCGCAGAUUUCCAAGAAUAACCCCAACCUCCCAUCUGGCGCUGCCGUCAGGGAAAACGACACCGAUUAUCUUCCGCUUUGGGGUGAUUUUAUGGAGCUCUGCGCGCUGACAGACGUCGCCCCUGCGCUAAUGGACCUUUGGUGGAAGAAAUUAUGCGAUUUCUGCGAUCCCGUAGGGCCUCCACACGAGACGGAGAAUCCCCUUGACGUCGCGCCGACCACAAUCGCCGCAGAAGCCACCCCUCUCCCCAGGGCGUUCAAAGGAUCUCUGCCGUAUCGCGGCGUUUACGCUGCCCUCGCGUGGUGCGUUCGCAACCACGACCUCGAGCGUUGCCUGCGUUACUUUCAUGAAGCCAACGCGCGGGGUUUAACGGGGGAUUACCCCGCCUCCACGGGCGUUCACGGCGACGUGGCGUUUUCGCUCCGCUCGCCCGGAAGUCUGACCAGGCGAAGCGUCGAUCCGGCGAUUCAGCGGCUGCAACUUCGCCUGCUCGUGAAACUCAUGGCGACGGUGAAGUCGAUUCCGAUGGACGGCGGGGUGAAGAACCUCGUCGUGGCGGACGUCCAGCGGCUGAUUGAUGCGGCCGUGCUCUUCCACGCCCCCUGGGGGGUCAUUAACGAUUUCCUCAGCGGGUUAUCCGUGCGAAGUGCGAUGCGGCUCGUCAGGCGGUGCGCGAGCGUUCACCCGACCGGGGAUGCGGCGGUGCCGUUCAGCGUGUGGGCCUCUCUUCUCCGUCGUUGCGCGCGGGCGCACCACCUGGACGAGGCGAAUUCGCUUUUUUUAUUCCUCCGCAAACGCUUCGCGCUCACGGGGGGGGAAAAGCGGGAGUUGGUGGAGAUCGUGAUGCGGAUGUACGCGACGCUGCCGACGCCGGAUUUCGCGUCGACGAUGUCGAUCUUCCUCGAGCACGUCCGGCGAACCCCGAAAGGCGAGCCCGCCGUCGCGGCCGAUCGCGGGCUGUACAACCUCCUCAUCCAGGCGGCGGAUUCGCGGAAUGCGGCGAUGAUGGUCUUCCUGGAGGCCGCCGCGGCGGGGGUCGGGAUGGAUUUCGCGACCUUUGAAACCCUCCUCGGCGGGCAUCCCUUCCGUGGGGUGGCGGGGUUGAGUCGUCGGCUCCCGCACGAUUACGCGAGCACGCGGUUCGACGCGCAGCUCCGCAUCCCCGCCGACGCCGACGCGCACCUCCGCCGCGAGGAGGCGCGGCGCGCGCGAGGGAAGGCGAUUUACGACUCCACCGGCGAUACCAGCUAA